CCGGUGUCCCUUUAUUAGCUUCAUUUAUUGGUUGUGGUAAUAGCGAGGAAGAGAUGUCACAUUUCAUCUGUCAGCAAAAGAAAUCAACAUAGAGUCUUGUUUCCAACCUGAAAGGCUUUGUAGCCAAAUGAAGUUGUAAUUUUAGAACAGAAUUCGAAGGCCAAAUGUUCUUCUCUUUGCUCUUAGCAUUGUGGAUGACCUAUGGCGUUGCGGGUAAGUAAUGUCGAAACGUAGUUCGCCGCGUUGGCACUUGCAUUACCCUUCUUGAAUGUUUCUACUCGCAAGUCCGUGAGGUUCCUUCACUAUUCCAACCUUGGUCAUCCCCGGGUGGGGAAAAUUGGCGGUUGCAACUGAAAUAAGCAAACGUCGAGGAAACUCAAUGGAGAAACAAUUUCGCUGAAGCGUGAGAAGAGUUCGUGAACGGUAGCAAUUGUUUUGAGAGCGAAGCAAGUGAAGCGCGGCAGCUGCUCAUACAACAUAGCGCUGCCACGAACUCCAUUUGUGAGACGCACUUGAACGUUUACGUCCUUAUAGUAAACUGACUGGAUCGAAUGGUGCUUUAUGCUAAUGCUCUUUUGAAAAUUUUGUUCUGUUUUCCUUUGUUAUGUCUAUAGUUUCACUGUUUACGUUCCUUGGUGCAGAAAAUUCAAAGCUAAUGGCGAGCGAACUCUGCAAACUCUUCAACCGCAGAGAUUUAUAUACAACAGCCGAUUGCUCCAUAAACCUGCAAAUUACUGUCUGUGGACCUUUAAAUAAAAUCAAAAGGAAAGGUCACCUUUUCGUAAUUCAUUCGUGUACCAUUUUUGUGAUAAGUAAAGGAAUUCUUUCCAAGUUACUGAACUAUUUUCCAUAGGGGGCUUUAUGUUCCAUGCUACGUGACACCUAGUAGUCUUAGUAGGAAGGCAUCAAAACAACCCCAGCUUAUGUUUUCCUCGAUAACAUUUGCUGCAUCAUUCCACCAUUGUGUUGCUUGCUUCGUCUCACAGUAAGGGAUUUAAUUGUUAGCAUUAUUUCUUUCGCUAGCGUUUUCAUUUGAACUAACUGCUGAAGCUAUUUCAUUUUCAUGCAGGCUAUGCUUACAAUGCCUUCAUACCCCUUGGUUUUGUCAAAGAACCUACAAACACGGUAGCUCGCAAGAAUGAAGCCGUCAGGUUGCAAUGCGAAGUACAGGGUUCCCCUCCUGCUACAAAUUUUACGUGGUUAAAAAAUGGAAAGGUGAUCACAGUUAAUGAGAGAGUGAAGAUAGUAUCCAGAGGAGCAUUGCUCAUAAAUCCGGUACACACGCGAAAGUACAAACUCGAUGUUGGAGAAUACCAGUGCUUUGCUUCAAGUUCCAAAUUCACAAUAGUUAGCCGCAAAGUGCGUUUGGAAGUGGCCGGUAAGUCAUGAUUACAGUGCAUGUUUCUGACUCAUUGUGGUUAUUUUCUGUUUCUAGCAUUCUUAAUGGCGUGAUUUGAACAGCUCCAGUUUCGGGCAGAUUACAUCGUUGAACGCGAAGUUUGUAUGUCAUCUCCGCAACGCUUAAAAUUCCUUUCUGAACAUAGCGUUCUUCCGACUGCUUAUGAAAAUCUCGAAACGUACGAUAUUCAAAAACGGGAAUCGUACGUUGGCUUUUGACACUUUCAACAGCGGUCAAUUGAAAGGCGAAGUACAAUUUUUCAAUCGUGAUUGCACAUCAGCUGGCCAAUUUCGGGUAUUUACUUCGGUUCUUUUUUUUUCCUGUUGCUGAUCACGCGAUCGUUCUUUGCUUGCUUGUUCUCUCAUUUUCAUUUUCACUUUUGUAACGACGUUUCAAUUAUCUCUUUCUGACGAGCAGAGAGCAAUUUGUUUAAAAACAUGUUUACAAUCUUUUAGUGACCCGAAAUUUUAACCUUUCAGCGAAACGUCUUCGUGAAGCUUUGCUCAGCCUUAAAAAAUUGUUAAAACAUUGUAGAUAACCUGGUCAAUAAUCGUGUUUUUCCAACACUUUGAAUUCACUAUCGUUUUAUCGUAUUAUGGACAGCUUAUUCGCCCAAACUACGGUUUUAUCUGUCGUGGCUUUUCAAGUGUAAAUAUCGCGUUCGUUAACGUUAGGAGGAAGGACAAGAGGUUAAGCCUAAGUAAGCGUACACGCCUUCUAAACGAACGUAGCAAUUGAAUGUUUUAAGUGUAUAUUUAAGCUUAUUUCUUGUCUUUCGUAAUAAGUAAUGCUUUAGCGAAAAUCUUUCUAUCGUGUUGGUGAUUGAUUCAAAAUGAUUUUUACAACUGCAAUACUGCCUGUACUGCUGGAAUUGAUACAAUUUUGUUGUCACGUCCGCCGAUAGAUAGCAGUAGGACAAGGUUGGAAACCUUCUAAAUACGUACAUGCCAAGAGUCGUUUUGACUCUCAACUGCAAAUAACCUUUAAAUACAACGUUUAGUCUUCUAACCAAUUCACACCACGCUGUGUGUACCAACAACUCAUAAACUCCUUAACUCGUUAUGUUUUAAAACACCUUUGACCUGUUCUCUAAAAGAGUUUGUGCAAGUACAGAAUUGAAUGACCGUAGCGACUUUUUUUUUUUUCGCGUAACCUGACCUCGGAAACCCGCGCUAAUAUUAACAUGUAACGAAAGAAUAACAGUACUAAAUAAAAUAUACCAGAUUAUCAAACACAAGAAAGAAACUGGGUAUUUUUCGUCUCGUUCUAAACAUGGCGGAUAUUGAAACGCCAAAGGCCAAGAUUGCAGUGAUUGGUCUUUUGUUCUAUGGCCUAUGGGAAUCCACUAUAACACAAUAAUCACGUGCUCAUAAAUAUUAUCCGCAUACAUGGGCAAAUGUUGCGGGUUUGAUUUAAAGUGAUCAUUUUGUUGUAAGAUGUCUCUGUGAUCAAAUAAAGAAAACACACGGUACCUCACAAUGUAGAACAAAACAAGUAGUGAUUGUUCCAUGCAAUGGAAUGAGUGCCUGAGAGUGCGGCAUUUUUAGAACAACGUUGUGAAUUCACCUUUUGAUAGGCGUUACUGUUGGCACUUAGGAAAGUAAACAAUGUUGCGUGUAGUUUACUAGGAACAUUUUUUGUUUGUGGCUUUUAUGGUAUGUUAUGUCUUCUUGUUUUUUUGUUAUAUUUAUCCUGUUGGUAGAAUGUGCUGAUUUUUUUAUUAUUUAAACCUCUAAACAACAGGGGUUGUCAUAUGGUAAAAUAAAUAAGACUUAUUGUAAUGUAAUUACUUUUUUUUUUUCUCUUUUAUUGAAUGUUGUUUAUUUAUGUUUAAUGGUUAUCUAAUUUUCAUUACUUUUUUGGAAAAAAGUACUGUAAUAUCUGUGUUUUUUUUAUUUAGCCCGCAUGUUUAGGCAGGAACGUUUAUUUUGCCUUCUUCAAGGCAUGUUUAAUCUGAAUGAUAGCUAUGAUAUAUAAGCAUAACAUGUGACUCAAACAAUCACUUUAAAAUGGAACUGUAGAAGGAUGAAACUUAAUUUAUAUGAUGUAACAAUGUAACUUAACCUUUAAUCGAGGCACAUGAUCUGGCACCCCAGGGGGAAGGGGACAGGCAGAGACUUAAAAAAUUAAGUGUACCUCUAGAAAAAUCCUGGCUAUUCCCCUAUGUAAGGUACAUGUAGUUCUAACUUUUGAGGCUGGGAAUGAAAUCCUUUGGUAUGACCAUUCAAAUAAAACCUCUCUAGCAGUACUUUCACGUGGUAUUGUUAGUUUUUCUGCAUUUUACUCAAUAAAUUGUAGAUUUUUUGUCAAUUAUUUACUUUAGUCACUUCUGGGAGUGAAACUGCUAGAUCGCCCUUUCAGUUUGCCCUUUUUUUGUACAUGUAAAUCGAAGGGAGAACUUGACUUUGGAUCAGGUGUCACCUAGGGUGUAAUUGUUUAAGUUUUGGAGAAAUUUAACUUCUCAGAGUCACUCUUUAGUAUCAUUACCUUCUAAUUACAGGUAUCUCCAGGAAAUUUCUCCAGGAGCCCAAAAAUACAACAGUAAGAGUUGGAUCAGUAGCAAGGUUUUCUUGUAAAGCACGUCAUGAUGUUCCACCUGCCAAAAUAGCAUGGGAGAAAGAUGGAAGUCCCCUCAACUCAUCUAGUAGACUGGUUAUCUUGGAUCAAGGAGUACUUCAAAUUAAGAAUGUUUUGAAAUCUGAUGAAGGAAACUACAGGUGUAUUGCAAGCAAUAUUGCUAAAACAAGGUACAGCCAGGCUGCCAUCCUCUCGGUGAAAACAGGUUUGUGUUAAUUAUUCACAAUUUUGAAAAGAAACAGGGAAAUUGUCUCUAAUUGCAGCAGGGUGAACAUCAUUUCUGUUGUCAAUGAGAGUAUAGACCAUGGAAAAUUGAUGUUGAUAUAUAUUUUUUUUACAAAUGUACAUGUACCAUUGACAAUGGGCAUUGACAGCCCAUUUCAGGUGAAGUGUCUUGAAAAAAAAAGCAUGAGAAAGAGAGAAACAAAAUUAAUUGCACUGCAAAAAUUAUUCAUUUCCAUAGUCCAUAAUCUCAUCCAUAGUAUUUUUACCAAUCAGCGGACAGAAAAUCACCCUGGUAUUGCUAACAUGUACAUUGAGCCACAAGGGCACCAUGCGUGGCGAUGGCCUGCAUUUUUUUAAGAAAUCAAGCUCUAGUUUUUCAUUGUUUCUGCAUAAACUCUCUCAAAAAAGUCUUUAAAAUUUUGAAGAAGGAUAUGGAACAUUCUUGAAAAGUCCUUGAAUUUUUGGUCAGAAAAAAGGUGAGAACCCCUGAAUGGGUAAAAAGGGCCCAGGCUGGAGUAGCACUUUGCCCUGUAAAGCUAUGAAAAGUAAAAUAUAUCAGUUGUUCAGGGAAAGUGUAUUUAGGUGAUUCAACUCCAAGAAUAACUCCAACUUACUCCCUUCAUUGAAAGAAUGUUUAUUUGGACUUUCCGAAAAUUCACCCAACAAUAGCUGCCAUACAGUAAAAUUAAACUACACUCUGUUGUUUAUGAGAUUUUACAUUUAUUCUUGUCAACUUCAUAACAAAGCACUUACAUGUACUCUCUCAGACUUUGCCAACCAAAUAGAAAUUAAAUACCAGCUAGAAAAUUCUUUUUUGAUUCCUUAUUAUGUAACAGGGUGCAAAGAAAGUCAUUUUUACAGCUUGCCAUUAGGGCAAACUGAAGCUAGCAUUUACUAGUGCAGAUAUCAUUUCAACUAGCCCCAAAAGCUUUUUGAUGAGCCGAAUUGAUUUCACAGUUCUUCUAUUAUUCGAAUUCGUCAAAAAACAUCACUUGCCCUUUGGGCAAGUUAAAAACAGAAUUCACUAGCCCAAUAGCAAAAUUCACCAGCUCUGAGCUAUUGGACACUACUUUCUUUGCACGGCGUGUGAUUAUGUAAUUUUUGUGAACUAUAACAGUGUGAUUUAAAUAAAAAAAUGAAAAAAAAAAAAGUAAAAUAUAUGUAGAUUUCAUCUGUGGCAUCGUAAGGAAGAAGGACUAGCACAGUCAUAUAGUGCAUAACGUUCUGAGGUUGAUUCCCAGGUGUGACCUCAAGUCCUUUUUCGAUAUCUUUCUGUAUGUUUAGCUGUAAGUAGCUUAAAUUUCUGUAAAACAGAGCACUGAUGAAAAAACAGGAGUAAAAUGAGUGCACCGUCGGCUUCAGGAUGUUCAGUCUAAUAAGUAUCAUAACCAGCUAAAGACCUAUCAUAAGGACCUUUUUUUCAUCCUUAAUAACUAUUAAACCUUGUAGCAUUAGUGAAUUGGCUGUUUGAUCAGAGAAAAACUCCUCAGUUACACAUCUGCAAUCAUUAUGCUAUGAAAAAAAGUUAAAAUGGAAUAACCUUGCGUGAUAUUUAAUUAAUUGAUUGCUCUUUGAUACUGUUCUAGAUCAGUAUCAAUAAAAUGUUUCACUAAAAUACAAGAACAAAGGGACUGGGGUAAACCAACCAAUUAUUGUCUAGAAUAUUAAUUUAUGGCUUAUAAUAUUGGCUCAUCUGAAAGAUGCACAAAUCAGUAAUAGUUCUUACAGUUUAUUUAUUAACAUUAUGUGCAAAGUUUGACCUAAGUUACUGGAGAUAACAGUGAUUACAUACAAAACUGCCUACUUCUUUAUGAAGCUUUAUUGAUUGUUUAUGUGAGUGCUGGUAGUAGUAAUAAUAUUUGGUAAUAGAAGAGUCAAUAUAAUGAUCACCCUUGUUACAGCAAUCCAAUAUUAUCUUUCUUUGAGCCUCAAAAUAUGUUUUCAAGCAGUUAGGAGUUGCUUAUAAUAGUUAUUUUGCCAAAUGUUUAACAGUUCUCUUGUAAAGUUAUAAAACUGUGCAGUUCAUCUGUGAAUGAAGGUAGUUAAUGUAGAAGUAUAACAAUGAUCCCAAAAGAAUCAGUCUGUAAAAUGUUCAUAGACCCCUCACAUAGUUGUCAUAUUUUCUAUUAACCCUUUAAGCCCCAAUAUCCACAUACAAAUUCUCCAAACUGAUCUCUAUACAUUCUUAAAGAAUAAGUUGAGAGAAUUUGAUGAAAGAUCGAAGCAUUUUCUCUUAGGUGAUCAAUUUAUUAAUUCUCAUAACCAAAUCUCUUGAUAAUCUUUGGAUGUGGUUAGGAGAAAAUUGAUGUUGGUCACCAUUGAUUUUUACAUUUUUCUAUCAAAGCUUGAAGUAGGCCCUUCAUAAGCAUAUCAAGGGCAUGUUUCGUGAACCACAUCUUCCUGUGCUGUGAGUGUUUUGUCUGAGAUUAUUUGCCCUGCUUUGGUUAGUCUCUCCAAGGUCAUUUUUUUAUAUGAAAGAUACAUUGUACCUAUUUUUUAAGUGAGUAGUCGGAUUAGAACAGGUAUCUGAUUUGCAAUGUCAGUUGUAUAUCAGCCUUGUCUUUCUUUGUGCAAGAAACAUUGCUCCAUUCAUUGUCCUUCUGUAUCACCCAUGCAUAAAAAUCUGUACCUUGAAAAAUGAUCAGUGGAUUCUGGGAAUAAAUUUAUUGUGAUGCUCUCCAUUAUUUAGCAUGCAAGUUUAAGCAGUGUCUUGGCACUGACAUCAAAGCAAACUACUAUUACGUGUGUAAAGCUUUGUUGGAGGAAACUAUUUUCUUUCCUAUUGAAAGUUGCAACCACCAUCAGACUGUAUUUUAUGAGUGGUUUUUGAAAAUAUAUUGAUGGUUAUGGGCUUAAGUGGAAUUGCGUGUCAAACCUCCAUGGAAUGAAUCCCAGACGUCUGGAAUGAGACAAAAAUAAGGAAAUCAGGUAGUCCAAAGGGCAAUAUGAUGAAUCACAUGAUUACAGGUAACACAGUGCUGUGAGAAGAGCAAGUAUCUAGCCAGCGUUCAAAGAAAGUCCUGUCCCAUAUCCCUAGGCCAAUGGAUUUUGCUAUCAGUCUAGUGAAUUCUAAUAUUAACUUGCCUCAUAGGCAAGUGAAGUUUCUAGGGGAAUUCAAAUUACAGAAGAACUGUAAUCAAUCCUGUUCAUCAAAAAUUUAUUGGGGGCAAGUUAAAAUGACUCGUGGGCUAGUGCAUGCAAGCUACAGGUUGCCCUCCUUUCCUUGCACCCUGCUAGCCUAAAACUGCAUUAACUAACAGUGUUUUUUCACAACAAAAUCAACACAUUUUUCAUCUCUGUGAAGCAGUGAAGACCCUCAAUAUCUAUCUAAGACAUUCUUGUUCUAGAAAGUGUUAUGUGCCAUUAAUUAGCAACACUCUCAGAAAUGUAAAUUUGUUAUUAUGGAAGUAGCAUGUAAAUAACAAACUGAGUCAAAUUUGGAUGAGGUGAAAAGGCAUAGAUAUUCUUUACAUACUCACCAAUGUAAAUAAAGCAAAUACGCAAAACUAUAAGGCUCUCAUAGGAUUAAUUUUUGCAGUGUUAUCAUGAGGCACCAAACAACCUACUUUUACAGUUGAUAUUGGUCACUCUUGACUGGGGUUUAGUAUGGGUCAUGCCAUCUUGUCUUCAUUGACAACAAACUUUGUGUUUAAAAACCCAGGCACUGUAUAAUUGCAGCCCAGUGAAAAUGAGCCAGCAGCCAGCCAUUUUGCUACUUCCAGUGGAAUAUUCGGCUUCUACUCAACGCUUAGAUGUUAUUAAUGAUAUUAAAUAAAAACCGCAAAAGUUUUGCCUGCUACCUCUGGUUAUCCUGCCUACUGCUGCAAAUAUUUUGACAAGGCCGUGCUCUAGCAGGGCUCAUUGGCCCCUGGCGCCUAACUUUUGCCCCUGGGUGACAAGAAAAUCGUAAUUUUUUCCGAGAAAUAAUAAUGCUGGGCACCCUGGAUUUCACAAGUUCGAAGCACUGGGCUUCCUUCAAUUUUCCUCAGAGCACAGCCUUGGUAUAUGUGACAUAUAGCAAGAAAAAAUGUUGCAAUUAUUGACUUGCAUCCUUUCCAGUGGGGAGUAAGCAGUUACCCCUGAGUGGCACUGAAGGUGGGAUACGCUUGGGCCAAUUUGGCCUCAUUGGCCCAAAGUGCACCCUUGCCUUUACUACUCACCAUACAGUUUACUCUUAUUAAUAAUGAUGUGGAGAAACAUAAACAUGUAUAAACUACCAAGAUAAUGUGUCGACAUUUCAGUGACCACGUGAAAUAUGUUAUUAUCAAGGAGCUGAAAUAAAUUGAACUUGCAUUUAUUUAUUUCCAUUCCUUGAUAGUGACAUCAUGAGGUCCUUGAAACAUUAGAACAUCUUUUUGUUAGUUUUUACAUGUUUACAGCUUACUCUAUACUGAAAAAUUGCCACUUAUGUUUCCUACUAAAAACAUUUUUAUAUUGUUCUGCUUUCUUUUAGAUUCAGAUGUAGCCACUGUGAGUCUUAAGUUCAUUGGUGUCCCUCGCAACACAACUGUUUUAAAAGGAAGAAAUGCUGUAUUGGAAUGUGCGGCUACUGGUUAUCCUGUUCCAACUAUAAGAUGGACAAAACUGGGUAAAAACAAUGGAAAGUUUAAUGCACCUAGGGCAACCUAUGGAAUUGGCAAUCUUAACUUUUCCAACGUUGAUGAAAGUGAUGAAGGACAGUAUGAGUGUCAAGCUACUUCUAAUGGGCGAACUAUUUCCAGAACUGCAUGGCUUCUUGUUAGAGGUACUUGAUUAUAACCCUUUUAAGUCCCAAGAAUGACCAACAUCAAUUUUCUCCUAGAAAUAUCCAUGCAUAAUCAAGAGAAAAGGUUAGGAGUAUUAGUAAAUUAUCACCUAAGGGAAAAUGCUUUGAUCUUUUAUCAAAUUCUUUGAACUAAUUUUUUAAGGAAAUGUAUGGAGAUCAGUUUGGGGAAUUUGUAUGUAGACACUACAGGCUUAAAGGGUUGGUGAUGAAGUGAGCUAUUGAUUUGAGUUAGAUGAAGUGCUUGCAAUUGCAGGGGUGCAACUUCAGAAUUUCAAUUGCAUUAUGUUCCUACAGUCAUAACUUGCUCAUGCGCUGGUGCCUUAAGCUCGUGCUUCCUUAAACUUUGAAAAUCAGGUUACUCCACGUCAUUUUUGCAACCUGCAUUAAGUGUCUAAAAAUCAAAGUAAACCUCAAAAAAAAUAUAUUGGUAUAGUAAAAGAGCACCAAGAAAUUUGAAAAAGUAAAGCAAAACAAAACAAAGACACUUUCUGUUGUACAAUAAAAAAUCUCUCACAGAAAUUAAAAAAUGGCUGCAAAUUCUCAAUCAAAUUCAGAAGUACACACAAGAAUACCUGGACAGCAAUGGUCAAAAAGGUGAAUUAGUUUUUAAUAAAUUUUUUAUUGGUGAAAGGGUUCUUGCACAUCUAAACCAUUUUUGGUUUCUUGCCUUAUUACCCACUAUGUACAACAUUUUUUUUUAUAUACCAGUCGCAAGUAUUUGUGCUAAUAGUCAUGGCUAUAUUUUCCUGUAACGUUGAUGUUUUUACUUCAGCAUCCUGCAUCCUUGAUGCAUAAAAAUCUGCGAAGAUGCAAAAUUAAUUUGUAGGACACCAAAGUUGAUCGAUCAGUCUGAAGAUGUUUUUCUAGAAUAUCCUUGUCAUGUGUUUUCUUAUUGUGGCUGUAGUUGAUGCCUAUUUAUGUUAGUCUUUUUAUAUAGAAUAACAGGCUAUAUUUUAAUUUCAUUAAACUGUGAUAUUAGAGUCUGUCCUCAGAUUAACUGUCUGGUUACAUAAAGGCCCAAGCAAUUUCAAUUUAGGACUCAUUGCAGGGUUGUCAUUAAGAGCCAGGGGCCGGGGAUUUUCCCUGGCUACUAAGAGAGUGGCCCCCGGCUACUUUUAUUGGAAAAUAGAAAGAAAAUAGAACCAAAAGAAAUCCCUAGCCGUUUGAUUCCCCGCCUACUUGUUGUAUUUACCCGGCAACUUGAAAUCUUAGUGACAACCCUGCGUUGUUUGUUGAACUGGGACUUAUUGGUUCUGCACUGAGACUUGCUAUUUUUCACAAGAUGAGUCCCAGGACUCACCAUAGCUAAUUGUAACAAAAACUUGUCUAAUCAUAACAUUCAUAAUAUAACAAUUAUUAUAUAUUAUUAUUGUUUCUAGUUCCUCCGAAGUUUACAAAGAUACCCGCCAAAAUGCAGUGGACAACUAAUAAGCCUAUCAUAUUUCACUGUGCUGCCACUGGAUUGCCUCGACCAACCAUUUCUUGGCUAAAAAAUGGCAAGCCACUGAUCACAAAUAACAGAACAUCAGUAACCUAUUACGAAGGAGGAGCAGACUUGACCUUAUCUGGCAAUAACAAAACAGCAAUGUACCAGUGCUUUGUGCAGAAUGAAGUUGGUAGUAUUCAGGCUGCAGUCACCGCUGUGGUUCAAAGUAAGGAGGGUUUCGGCUCAAACUUGAUCAGUAAAUUACCUCAUUGGUACUUUAUUUGGUGGGUCUUAAAUUCCGUGUUUUCACCAAUUGCAAAAAAAUUGCAAAAUUAAAGACCUGCAAAUAGAUAUCCUCGCGAAAUUAUACUCUCAAAAUGUAAUAGCGGUAUAGAAAAUUCAAAUCACAGGGAAAACAAAUGAAAACAAGACGCAUGAGUGCAUGAACCCUGCAUUCUUUUAGUUCAUAAAAUGAUAGAGUGCUGGGGGAAAAUGUGCACUGUGUAAUAAUGCGCUACGGCCCAGAUGAACUUUGAUUAUGAAUUGAUGAUGAAUAAAUGGAACAUACUUCCGGCUAGCAAAUCUGACUGGAAAGACUCGAAUGUUCCAAAGGGAUGUACUUGACCAUGACUGCAUAAUGCUUCAAAGUAGUGUUUGCAGCUAGUUUUUGUUUUCUUUAAAUUAGCAUGAGCUUCAGUCACAAUCCUAAUAUUUUGAGGGAAAAAACUUUGAAAUAACACCCCAUAUAAAGAGGAAGAGAACAUAAUGGUUGGAAUAAUUGAAUAAUUAUGUCAGGAUUUUAAAUUUGUUCUGGUUGCUGAAGUGAUUAUUGUACAUGCUAAAUUACUACAAAGGAGUAAAAAAUCCAGAUCUCCCUAUGAGUAAGAUAUUUAUUUAUUUUAUUGUCACUCUCAUACAGGAUAAUCCCAAAACCAGUUUAAGAUACAUAAUAUUAUAAUCGUUUUGUCGAUCCUUUUAAUUGCAAGUUUGAAUGUACAGUAGCUGAACACAGCAAAGAGAAAAAUUUCUAGCAUCGAUAAUUGUGAAAUUUCCAAUAAUGUUGGAUCAAUCAAAAUGGAGUUUUGCAAGAUCGAAAUUCGAUAGUAAGCAAUCGCCCAUUUUUUCAAUUAAAGCUAUAAGCUUACAUUUAAUCUGUAAUUUAACUUAACAAUGAGAUGUUGUUUGAUCGAUCAAAAUCAUGUUGAAUUUUAGCGUUAAAUAACUGUACGUGCUUUACAAACCUGCCGCUUCCGUGCGAGCCCAAUACAAGUUAAUUCAUAUAUGACAAAAAAAGUCAAAGAAUAUUCCUUUCCCUUGAUAUACUAAGUUAACUGUUUUUAUACCGAGACAGCCGGGAAGCACAGGACUUGGACCAAGCACAAACUUCUGCGAUGAACAGUCAGAUUUGUUUAUUUUGAUGAAUGAAAAUUAAUGCACCGAAAUGGCAAUUUACUGCCACUUUCCUGCAACUUGGUACAAACUAUGCUAUAUUACUAAGAUCAAAGCUUAUUUCUCUGCUUUUAAAUUUUCUAAUGUGUCUUCCUGUUUUGCGAUAAAAGCUAUAAAGCAUAAAAUUUCUAAGGUGUUUACAGUGAUGUGUGUGGACAUGUUUAUACAGAUUGAACAGUCAAGUUGUACAAUUUAAAGCACAAAAACGGUCCAUACAUUUUACAAAACUGCUUCUUCCUUGCACCUCGGUACAUGCUUAGUGUUUCUUCAGCUGCUAUAUAAAAAUCUCGUGACUUGCACUAAAUAUAUAAAGUGAAAAUUACCCACCUUUUUAGCAUGUCUUCUUCUCGCAACCAGCGAUCACAAUGCCGAUCUUACUAAAACGGAUCAAGCCACUGUCUUAGUCUGACAGUUUCGGGAUGCAUUAUCCUCUAUAUAACACACAUUACUAAACAUUUCGACCAAAAUAAUUGUCAACCUCUCACAGAGGCAACAAAACAACAACGUUAAUGCCACUGACUGACAAAAAAGCUGCCUUUUGUUCUUGACAACAUGUCAAGGGGAGUUUGCCUCUAAACCAAUAAAUUUGCCGGAAAUCGAUCACAUGAUAUUCUGCCAGUACAGGCAUGCACUUUGAAGAUCAGAGGGCGAUUCGACAACGAAGGAAAAACCCAGGCCAUUUUAUAAUUCAUCUCUUCCUGAAAGGAAGGCCGGGUAAUGAUUAACAUGUAAUAACAAAAACAUAUACAGGAUAUGUGUCAACAAAUUCACUUUACCCAGACAAUUAACUAAUUUUACUGGUAUGUUGUGUUUUGUUACCUUCUGUCGUGAAAAAAUGUGAAUUUGCAGAGAUUUCACACAUGAAGUAAAGAAUCUAGCCAUCAUCUUCAUGUUAAUCGCUAGAUUCGUACGAGUCCCUUAUUGAAAUAAGGGUUCAGACUUUUUGAAAAACAAAAUGAAAUUAAGAAUUGUACAAUUAAAUUAACAAUUAAUGAAUGAGGCUGAGUAACUUAUCGAGGAGGGUGUUAAAACACCCUCCGAGCUCUCCAUAAUUCUUUAUAUGAUGUGAAAGCCAAGUUCAAUAAUUGUUUUAUUAUUCAUUCAAAAUAAUUCCUGGUUUAAAAACAUAGCUAAAACAAGCUUACCUGCAUCGAUGUUAAGUUAAUCCUUGAUGGUUUACGUUUAGGUUUGUCCAGCUACGCAUAUAUUCUCCAAUAGCCCUCCGAGUUGUCUUCCUACUGUUUUUUCUAUGUUUUUAGCCAUUAUUUCGCCUAGUUCCAGCUGUAGUUCUUACUCUUGAAAUGGGUGAAGUGUCCACCAUUUUAGUUUUUACAACAAAAACAACUCAAUCUUGUCCUCAGGUCUUCUCGGUUAACGGUGCAUUAACCUGUAGAAGGCUGCAUUUUUUACGUAGUUUCCUUGUUAAACACAAAAUUCUUCCAAAUUUAGUCAUCAGUAACUGGUUAUGGUGAAUUAUGCAUGUGCUUUUAGCCAAUCAGAAUCAGGGAAAUAUUGUGAAUGAAUAAUAAUGCCAUUUAUUCAUAAUAAUUAUGUGCCUGUUAAAAUGGCAAAAAUAAAUCCUUCACCAAAAUUGCAAAAUUAAGUACCAAUAAUUGAAUGAAUAAAAGAAUAGUAAAUAUUUUUUAUCAUUGUUGUUACAGUAACUGCUGUAGUGUUGAUGCUAGAUUGGAAUUACAGUCAAAUCUCUCUCAAUAGACACCUUUGUAAGACAGAUAUCUCAAUAACAUGAACACCUAGAUUUCUUUAAUCCUAAAGACCCAGAUAGCAAAUUCCCACAGUUUGGGUGGAAUUUAUUAUUAGUUCCACUGUCACCAAGAUUCUUUUGUUUUUGCCCUGUUAUGGCAAAACUCAAACUCCCUGCAAUUUACCAAAAAAUUAUAGCCACCUUUGUUUUGUAGUAAAUGGAGUUUUAACACUAGCUGUUUCAUUUCAGAUAACCAGCCGGGGCCCCCAACUAAUGUUGUUGCUCUGGCACGUUCCGCUUCAUCAAUUCUGGUGACCUGGAGCCCUCCCGAUGGGCACUACCAAAUAAUUGGAUACACAGUGCAUUACAACAAGCCGGGAGGUGCAGGCAAUGAGGAAAAGCAAAACACUGUCGAAAGCGAUGUAUACAGCAACAUUGUUACCAACUUGCAACCAUUUACAAAUUACAGUUUCUAUGUGAGAGCGUAUACAAAGGCAAUUGGGCUUGACUCCAAAGUAAUCACACAACAAACCAAACAAGACGGUAAGUUAAUUCCAACAAUAAUAAGUUGUGGCUCGUAUAAGUCACAUUUCAUAAAUCACAAGUACAUUUUACAAGUUACUGUUUUAUGGAAUGGUUUCUCCUUGUUCUAAAACAACAUUCUACAGGCUCUAGGAUUUCAAAUCCAAAGGAAAACAAUUCUUUGGCUCAUGCCCAGAGAUCGUGGGAAAAUAUCUGUAACAAUUUGUGGUUCGGUGAAAAUUCAUGAGAAUCCACCUCCUUUAAUGUUUUCAAUGUUUCAAAGUCAUAUAUUUUUUUCUUGGCACUGGAAGCCAUAAACCAGUAACCUGCAAUGCACUUUGAGAACGAUUGAAGGUAGUGGAUAAUAGAAAACUGGCAGAUACUAAACAACAUUUUAAGUUUCGUGUCCAUGUAUUUUAAGCUGAGUCGUAACUAAAGAAUUGCUCUACUAGUUAGGUGACAUGUUUUCGUCCUGUUAAUUUAUAUCUGGCACAGUGACCGUUGCUCUGAUCUAUGAAAUGUGGCAUUUAGGAAAAACCUGUCAUUCUUCCCCCAGAGCUUCCCAAACCAAAAUUCCAGUCAAAUCGAAAUUUUAUUUUCUGAACCAGAACCAUGCAAACGUACUUUUGAAACCUUUUUCGAUUGAAUGGUCUUGCUUGAGGCUUUUGUCUCCAGACUCAAAACUUCAUCUUCUGUCCUUUUCAUUCACAAAGAUUUUGAAUGGAGUUACACUCUUCAUCAGAGGAAAGGUCACUGUCUAUCAGAGGUACAAUAGGGACCACUUGGCAUGUACAAUUUCCAGGGUUUUCAAAAAGAGUUAGAGUAGCGGGACUAAUGGGAAAAGUAGCCUGAGUAUAGCGACAGGGAGUUGCAAGGGGGCGCUAGUGUUGGGGUGGACGUGGCGGGGGGGGGGGAGGGUGAAUUCUCCCUCCAGUGGGAAGGGUUUGGGGGCUGCCUCCAGGGUGUCUUGGGGGUAUCCUUGCUGGGGGGCUUUCCACUAAAUUAUGAGGACGAGGAAGUGGAUUAAAAACCAAGUUCUUUAAAUUUUGGACUAAAAGUGAAGGUAAGCAUAAAAUUUCUAAGGUGUUUACAGUGAUGUGUGUGGACAUGUUUAUACAGAUUGAACAGUCAAGUUGUACAAUUUAAAGCACAAAAACGGUCCAUACAUUUUACAAAACUGCUUCUUCCUUGCACCUUGGUACAUGCUGAGUGUUUCUUCAACUGCUAUAUAAAAAUCUCAUGACUUGCACUAAAUAUAUAAAGUGAAAAUUACCCACCUUUUUAGCAUGUCUUCUUCUCGCAACCAGCGAUCACAAUGCCGAUCUUGAUAAAACGGAUCGAGCCACUGUCUUAGUCUGACAGUUCCGGGAUGCAUUAUCCUCUAUAUAACACAUAUUACUAAACAUUUGGACCAAAAUAAGUGUCAACCUCUCACAGAGGCAACAAAACAACAACGUUAACGCCCCCGACUGACAAAAAAACUGCAUUUUGCUCUUGACAACAUGUCAAGGGGAGUUUGCCUCUAAACCAAUAAAUUUGCCCGAAAUCGAUCACGUGAUAUUCUGCCAGUACAGUCAUGUGCUUUCAAGAGCAGAGGGCGAUUCAAAGACGAAGGAAAAACCCAGGCCAUUUUAUAAUUCGUCUCUUCCUGAGAGGAAGGCUAGGUAAUGAUUAACAUGUAGUAACAAAAACGUAUACAGGACAUGUGUCAACAAACAAUUAACUAAUGUUAAGUUGUGUUUUGUUACCUUCUGUUGUGAAAUAAUGUGAAUUUGCAGAGAUUUCACACAUGAAGUAAAGAAUCUAGCCAGCAUCUUAAUCGUGUUAAUCGCUAGAUUCGUACGAGUCCCUUAUGGAAAUAAGGGUUCAGACUUUUUGAAAAAUAAAAUGAAAUUAAGAAUUGUACAAUUUAAUUAACAAUUAAUGAAUGAGGCUGAGUGUCUUAUGAAGAAUUAUGGAGAUCGAGGAGGGUGUUAAAACACCCUCCAAGAUCUCCAUAAUUCUUCAUAUGAUAUGAAAGCGGAAUUCAAUAAUAAAUUAUUUUAUUAUUCAUUCAAAAUAAUUCCUAGUAAAUAAAAACAUAGCUAAAACAAGCUUACCUGCAUCGAUGUUAAGUUUAUCUUCUAUAGUUUACGUUUAGGUUUGUCCAGCUCCGCAUAUAUUCUCCAAAUAGCAGAUGUCGCCCUCCGAGUUGUCUUCCUACAGUUUUUUUCUCUGUUUUUAGCCAUUAUUUCGCCUAGUUCCAGCUGUAGUUCUUACUCUUGAAACGGGUGAAGUGUCCGCCAUUUUAGUUUUUACAAUGAAAACAACUCAAUCUCGUCCUCAGGUCUUCUCGGUUUAACGGUGCAUUAACCUGUAGAAGGCUGCAUUUUUUACGUAGUUUCCUUGUUAAACACAAAAUUUUUCCAAAUUUGGUCAUCAGUAACUGGUUAUGGUGAAUUAUGCGUGUGCUUUUAGCCAAUCAGAAUCAGGGAAAUAUUGUUUAUGAAUAAUAAUGCCAUUUAUUCAUAAUAUGUGCCUGUUGAAAUGGCAAAAAUAAAUCCUUCACCAAAAUUGCGAAUUUUGGUUGACAUAUUUUUUAUCAUUGUUGUUACAGUAACUGCUGUAGUGUUGAUGCUAGAUUGGAAUUACAGUCAAAUCUCUCUCAAUAGACACCUUUGUAAGCUGGAUAUCUCAAUUACAUGAACACCUAGAUUUCUUUAAUCCUUAAGACCCAGAUAGCAAAUUCCCACAGUUUUUGGUGGAAUUUAUUAUUAGUUCCACUGUCGCCAAGAUUCUUUUGUUUUUGCUCAUAUUGUAAUGGCAAAUACUGCAAAACUCAGACUCCCUUCAAUUUACCAAAAAAUUCUAGCCAUCUUUGUUUUGUAGUAAAUAGAGUUUUAACACUAGCUGUUUCAUUUCAGAUAACCAGCCUGGGCCCCCAACUAAUGUUGUUGCUCUGGCACAUACCUCUUCAUCAAUUGUGGUGACCUGGAGCCCUCCCAAUGGGCACUACCAAAUCAUUGGAUACACAGUGCAUUACAACAAGCUGGGAGGUGCACGCAACGAGGAGAAGCAAAACACUGUCGAAGGAGAUGUAUACAGCAACAUUGUUACCAACCUGCAACCAUUUACAAAUUACAGUUUCUAUGUGAAAGCGCUUACAAAGGGGAUUGGGCUUGACUCCAAAGUAAUCACACAACAAACCAAACAAGGCGGUAAGUUAAUUCCAACAAUAAGAAGUUGUGGCUGGUAUAAGUCACAUUUCACAAAUCACAAUUACAUUUUACAAAUUACUGGUUUAUGGAAUGGUUUCUCCUUGUUCUAAAACAACAUUCUGCAGGCUCUAGGAUUUCAAAUCCAAAGGAAAGCAAUUUUUUGGUUGGUGCCCAGAGAUCAUGGGAAACUAUCUGUAACAAUUUUGUGGUUCGGUGAAAAUUCAUGAGAAUGCACCUCCUUUAAUGUUUUCAAUGUUUCGAAGUCAUAGAUUUUUUUCGUGGCACUGGAAGCCAUAAACCAGUAACCUGCAAUGCACUUUGAGAACGAUACAAGGUAGUAGAUAAUAGAAAACUGGCAGAUGCUAAACAACAUUUUUAGUUCCGUGUUCAUGUAUUAUAAGCUGAGUCGUAUCUAAAGAAUUGCUCUACUAGUUAAGAAUCUGAGUGGAAAAAUGGUGAAUUUCUGCAAAUGGAUCCCUAAGGCUGAAAAUGUCACUGGCAAACUAUUGUUCAGUUCGGUUAUUUUAAGACCACAGUAAUAACAUGGUACCAGAAAUGAUCCUUACCGUGAAUUCCUAGGGCUUGCUCUGUAUAAAAUUGCUAAUUUGGGCUAGGUGACAUGUUUUGGUGCUGUUAAUUUAUAUCUGGCACAGUGACCUUUGCUCUGAUCUGUGAAAUAAGGCAUUUAGGAAAAACCUAUCAUUCUUCCCCCAGAGCUUCCCAAACCAAAGUUCAAGUCAAAUUGAAAUUUUCUUUUCUGAACCAGAACCAUGCAAACGUACUUUUGAAACAUUUUCAAUUGAAUGGCCUUGUUUGAGGCUUUUGUCUGCAGACUCCAAACUUCACCUUGUGUCCUUAUUAUUCACUGUGAUUUUGAAUGGAGUUACUCUCUUCAUCAGAGGUACAAUAGGGACCACUUGGCAGGUACAGGUAGCCUGAGUAUAGUGACAGGGAGUUGCAUGGGGGGCUAGUGUUGGGGUGGACAUGGGGGGGGGUAGGGGAAUUCUCCCUCCAGUUGGAAGAGUUUAGGGGCUGCCUCCAGGGAGUUUUGAGGGUAUCCUUUCUGGAGGGCAUUCCAGUAAAUUAUGAGGACCCUGAAGUGAGAUAAAAAUCAAGUUUCUUUAAAUUUGUGCUAAAAGUGACUAGAGCGACUCACCCUUGGUGUUCAGUUGUGUUUUGGAUCUUGAAAGCUUACGUUAAUGUGUUUCUCUGAAAAUGUUUCUUCAUUUAGCACCCAGCAAGCCUCCCUCUGAUGUGAUGGUGACAAGUAGCACUCCUGAUGUGAGUCAAAUGCUUUUUGUUGCAUAAUUAAUGUGACAGGACCAGGGGCCUGUUUCUCGAAAGUCCUAAUAACAUUUUUGGUGCUGGAAAUCAAAUGUUAAAUCAAUCUUUAAAGAAUACAAGCACUUGUUCUAGCCAACAAACCAGUCAAUUUUGAUUGUUGUAACUUGUUAUUAGCCAAACUAUCAAAACCUCCUUCUCUAGUGUAAGCAACAACAGCUCUCUGGCCCAGUAAUAGGGACCUUAAGACCAUACAACGGUGAUGGUAACAAGAACGUCAAAAAAAAGCAAUAGGUUUGAUUAGCAAAACAACAAAUUUGUACUUGCAUCACGAUUUUUUUGUACAUUUCUUUGUUAUCACUGCAUGACUACAACGUGAAAAUGGCUAAUUUCAUGUUUUGUGGAGGGCGUAAACAAGCAACAACAAAAUUUUCUUUCUCCAUCUUAAGUUACUUUCACAAAGUAAAUGAUCUGGAAUAAUUGCAACUGAGGUUGAAGAAACGUAAAUUCACUUUUGAAGCAACGUUUUUGCUACUGUCGCCGUCCUUGCAUCUUAGGGUCCCUAAUAAAUGGGUCACAGGGUCUAAGAGCUGGAAGCUUGAGAUUCCCUCUGGCUGCUAUGUGCUUGACCCCUGGCUACUUUCAUAGGAAACAAAGAGAAAAUAGAACCAAACGUAAUUUCUAGCUGUUUUAUUCCUUGCUUACUAAUUGCAUACCUGGCAACUUGAAAUCUUAGCGACAUCCUUGCAGGAGUCUUUUUAUUUGAUACUCUGGGUCAUUUAUGUGUCAGAACAGUAUCACAGUUAACCAACAUCCAUUCUCGUUUUUAAUGUCACAUGUGAAAAAACUUUCUCCCAUCUUAGGCAAUAAAUUAAACCUGUUAUAAACCUAAGGUUAGUAUGCAUUUUUUAAAAACUCUUUAUAGCAACCCUUAAGUUUUCAAAUACAAGUUAGCCUUGUUAUAUAGAUAAAGAAAGGUAGAGAUAUUAUUUACAGUGGAAUGUCAGCAAUAGAUGUAAAAUUCUUACUCUUAAUCUACACUCUACAUGUAACAAAGAUGGGUAUUUUUUCUUUUGAAAAGUUGUAGUUAUUAUUAUUAUUGUUAUUGUUAUUAUUAUUAUUGUUAUUAUUAUUAUUAUUAUUAUUAUUAUUAUUAUCAUUAUUAUCAUCAUCAUUAUCAUUAUUAUUAUUAUUUUGUUAUCCUCUUAACAGAGUCUCGAGGUCAAGUGGCAACCUCCACCAACUGAUUAUAUAAAUGGCAUCAUAACUAAAUACAUAAUCACUUGUACACACAUCGAUGCUGGACAGUUGCCAAGAAAAACCAUUGAUGUUCCAGGUGAUAUUCUCCAUAAGACAAUUAAUGGAUUGAGCAAGGGAGCAAACUACAGUAUCAGAGUAUGUGCGGUAACAACGGCUGGCAAAGGUCCAUUUAGUGCAUCUGUAAUUGGCAGAGUGCGAACUCAGCCUACUGGUGGUAAGUGAAUAACAGUCAUUUAUCCCGUAAAUCCUCUUUUACGGCCCCUCUCUCAAAUAAGCCUCUCUCUAAUAUGACCUCCCCCCCCUUUUUUUAGGGGAAUAAAUUUAAUAAGCCCCCUUAUCUUCUAAGUCCCCCUCCCCUCCCCCUCAUUAUUCUCCACUUAUAAAUUAAUGAUAGACUGUAUUAAUCAAUCACGACUAUAAAACUUCAUGUGGACUGAUCCGGUAUGCUUUAGUUCGGAUUUGUUUUUGAUCCUUGGCUGCAUGACCUCCAACUUCUUGUACUUAAGGUGAUUCCCUAGUAAAAGAACCUAACAUAGAUUGUAGAUGAAACUUGGUACACUGAUGUAAUAAGUCAAGAAGAUGAUAAAAAGGUAAUAAAAAGUCGGGGUCACCGGGCUCGUUUUGACGUCACAAUGCUGACAAAUGAAAUACGGCUAUUUUGGACCCUUUGACAAAAACCGCGCACAGCCCAAAACUAGACAAAAAGGAAAGAUUUUUUUAAUGAUGCAUGUGGUAUCGCACAGAAUUUGACUUAAAUGUAUUAUUUAUCGACUUACGUACUAGAAAAAUGUCUUUCAAUGCCCUUGUUUUUACUUUACGCUCCAAAGUAGAAUUAAAUUGGACACGCGCUAUUCGACACGUGAUAGCUCAAUCCGUACAAUUUAGUAAAAUUGCCAAAAAACUGAACAUAGAUUUGUGCCAAUUUUUUUCUCACCGAAAGGAAGCACUGUCCUUAUUAAAAUCAUGAAAUAAAAAUGGGGGUCACCGUACUUGGUUUUUGUGGUAGAGCUGCAGAAAGUGCGCACCAAAUGCAUUUUCCUUGAUUUUUGAGAGAGGACUGGGGCGAGUUUCAAAAUAGAAUGUAUGCCAAAGGGGGAAGAAAGUAUUAAAAAAUCCGUUUUUACAGAAUUUACAUCAAGAUAUCAUAUUUAGGACACAAUGUGAUAAAGAAAGCGUUUAAAUGAAAAUCAAAGUGAAUAAGCACAAAUUAAACAUCCACUAUCGAGGUUCUCCGUGAGGAAGUCGAACUCAGCAACACGCGUACUGCUUACGUUAUGCACAUUCCCACCACAUUGAGUCUCAUCUCGGUAAGAAACAACCGCAAGCAAAAAUUGCAAUAGCGUUUCUCUUGGGUCAACUUCAUUUUAAUAAUGUUACUUCACAUGCUCUUUUUCACGGAGGCCAUCUUGUUAUGCGCAGUAAGAGAUGCGUAGUGCAAAACCAGGGAAUCACCUUAAGCUUUUCCAUGUCCAUUCUAGUUCUUUAGAGUGGUUUUCGUUUGAGUGUCGUAAAACCAAAACCAAAGUAAUUACUCUGGCCAAUCACAUAGGACACAGACAAUACAUUGAACCAAUCAAAACUCGAAGUAAUUACAUGUGGCUGACGCAAAGCGCGGGAAAAUGCAUGCGAGCGCGUCACAAUUGGCUUUGGUUUUACUUCUGAUUGGAUGAAAAGGUGGCGCGAAUCUUUUAAGCCAAUCGCAUCGUGUAGAAAGUGCAAAACCAAUUACUUUUCGACACUUAAAUGAAAACCGCUCUAUGGAGAACUGAUAUCACCAUUUUGCAAAAUAAACAAGCCAUUCCCCUCCCAUUCCCACCUCUCAAAUAAGCCUCCUUCUCUAUUAACCCUCUUCCCCCAAACGUUUUUGUAAUAAGGCCCCCUGGGGGGUUUAACCCUUUAAGUCCCAAUAGUGACCAACAGCAAUUUUCUCCUAACAAUGUCCAUACAUUGUCAAGAGAUAAGGUUGUGAGAAUAUAAAAAAUGAUCGUGAAAGAGGAAAUGCCGUGAUGUUUUAUUAAAUUCUCUCAACUAAUUCUUAAAGGAAAUGUAUGGAGAUCAGUUUGGGGAAUUUGUAUGUGGAUACUGGGGCUUAAAGGGUUAAUAGAGGAUUUAAUCAGUCUCCUUUUUGUUUUGGGAGCAAAGCUGGAGCAACUUGGCUCUUUUUCAGAAAUUAAUCAAUUUAUAUGAAAACGGCUCCUUAAAAUUCAGAUAGGUUUCAUCGUUCCACCACGUCAAUGGAAGCCAUGAUUCUUUUCACAGUUCUUCCUCUGAGUCCUUUACGUCAGUCCUUGUCUGACAUUGUUCUCAUAGAGACAGGGGUCUCUUGUCUUCAUUCUUGAACCCAGAGACCCUCAGGUUCAUACUUGGAUAGACUUGAGAGACUUUUUAAUUGUAAUUUGAAGAAGAAUUCGUGUUAGUAAGUUCUGUCACUUGAUGGUAAUUGUAUUUUAAUACUUGCGGACUGCUCCGGAAAUUAACUCCGAUUAACUUGGGUGAAAUUCACAUAUCCCAAGGGCUAGACUGGGCAUUUCCUGUCCUGUCCAGUUGUUCUCUCUUGUGGCAACUUAGUGAAGGAGUGAAACCUUGAAUGUUUUUUUUUUUGUUUUUUUUUUACUUUCCUCAGCGAUAAGUGCUCCAGAAUUAAGGGUUGUAGUAACAAACUCAAGUAUGUUGACAGUGGCAUGGAAUCCUCCAGAGUUUGGUGAGGAUUCUGUGGUAGAAUAUCGCUUAUCUUAUUCUCAGCCUCAAGAGCGACAACAAGGACCUUUCAUCGUUGGUAAACAACAGAGAGAAUAUUCUCUCUAUGGUCUUGGUAAGUAGUCGAUGUUAACAUUCAGUUUCCUCUCCUAAAGACAUAGAAACAAUAAUUCAUGGCAUGCAUCCCUGUAGGGCACAAAGGUCAAUUUAUCCUUCUGAAGAUGUUUUGGUAGAAUAUUCUGUUCGUGUGAUUUCUGUGGCUGUUGCAUGUCUUUUUUGUGCUAUAAGUGGAAGGACUAUAUUUUGAUUUCGGUAAGCUCAUAUAAAGAGUUUUGGAGUCUGUCUUCGCCCAAGGCCCAAACAAUAUUAAUCUGAAGGACUCGUUUUUUUUUUAACUGGGACUCAUUGGUCCUGGAGUGUGACUGAUCAUUUUUCACAAGAUGAGUCGCAGGACUCGCCAGAACGAUUUGUAACAAAAUCACUGUUUUUACCUUUCUUUUCCCUUGUCUCGUAGAUUCUGGUAGGGAGUUUCUUAUCAAAAUCAUGGCUUGGGAUGGGAAAACGUUAGGUCGGGCUGGAGCUGUUAUUGCAAAAACUGACAAAGGUUUGUUAUGUCUGUUUUGUCCAGCAAAUUACAGUAGAACCUCGAUAUAACAAUUUUCUUUUUCAUAUACAGUAAAAACCUGCGACUAAGAACCUGCAUUUUCUUGAGUUAGCCUCGACAAGUUCUUACAUAAAUGGUAAUUAGUGCAAAUUUAGGCUAUGUAGGUUCUUACAUAGGUUGUUAUUUGCGGAAGGAAAAACAUUGUAGCUCAGAGUAUUUAGUGGUAUGCAGCUCAUUCCUUAGGUAAGAUAACGCACAUAAAGGAACUUUGCAAGAACGUGAAUAUAUAAAUAACGGGAAGUGACUUAACGUAAAAGAAGUUAUUCUCCUUUAAUGAUUCCGUUGUAGUCGAAGCCUAAAAAGUUCAAAAUAAAGUGGAAAUACUGUCUAAGAACGUGAGGUGGGGGGGAGGGGUCGCUUGUUUGAUAUUAGGGAGCUUUAGCAUCGACGACGACAACUGCAGCGAAAACGUCAGUUGUAAAUGAAUUCCCGUUUUUUCAAUCUUUGUCGCGUUUAUUCCAGUUUGCUGAAAAUGGCAAGUGUAGGCGAAUUUCCUUGGACUGCACUCAAGUUUAGAGAGAGAAAAAGAGAUUCGUCGUCGCUUGUUUACGUCCUCCAUAAAACUUGCAAUUAGGCAUUUUCACGUCGUAGUCGUGCAAGGACGGUAAAGAAAUGUACAAAAAAGCGUGAUGUACGUGCAAAGUUGUUGUUUUGCGUAAUAAACCUACUGCUUUUUUGACGUCCUCUUUGCCGUUGCCGUCGUCGUUGCUAAAGCUCCCUAUUAGCGCGCACGGCUGAGCCUCCAUUGCGAUAGGCAACCUAUCGAUGCGAGAACAUAAUGUGGUUUUGACGUCACCGUAGGGUUGGUCUAAGAAGGCACGAAUUCCUCACUCCUCCCCUAUAGAUUUUUUUCUCCUAUUGUUUCGAUGAUGUAUACGUAGUUUAGAACUUGAUGCACGAUGAUUGUCUUUGUUGCUGUUAAUGUGCUACUUUCAACUUGUUGGGAGAGUUUUUUCAUUAGAGGUGUUUUUUUGCCGGAUAUCUUUUCUUAGUCAUGUAACCCCUCCCUCUAAAGGUAAAGUGAUGCCGAAGUCUCCUAAAGUUAAGUAGGUAUUUGAAGAUUUCUUUGUAGUGGCUUAGAGCUUGUCAGUUCAAAUUUGAUCGCUUUUAUUAAUAAUACGGUAAGUAUAUAAACGGAGGCUUCGCCUUUAGUUCUGGCUAAAUCUAUUUAGUAAAAUCCAGCGAGUGGUCUAUUAUUAAUGCUGCGUUCUGAUUGGUUGAGCUACUACUAGGCUAUAUUUUAUAGCCCACUGGUAAAAAAGCGUCGGCUUUUCAGCAGCAAAAAAGGAUUAAAGUCUAGCUUUAACUAGCUAAAGUUGUUUUGUCUCGAUAUUUUUGACCAGCUAGUUGCAUUUUACUAAAACAAUUAUUCCUCUCGCCCUCAUGGCCUCUGAGUUUCGGCCUCAUGGGCUAUUGACUCAGAGCCCAUUCGGGCUCGAGGAAUAAUUGUUAACUACACGCUAGUUGCACAUCUCCCAUAAUGCACCUUAUUUGCCGCCCAAAUUUCUGCACAACCUUUGUUUUUCAUUUCUCCUGCGUAUUACAGCCGUCCCAAGAGAAAUUGAAAAAAUUGCUUAUGCAAAAAUUUUGGGGGGCAAAUAAGGUGCAUUAUGGGAGAUGUGCAAGUGGGGUAUUAUGGCCAAAGGGGAGGGCGCUUAUUCGAGGAAAUAAGGUAGGUGGUCUGCUUGGAGGUUCGACUGUAUUUCCAUUGUUACUAACAUAAGAAUUACUGUUGUGGAUUUUUUCUGCAGAUCCGAAUGGCAAAGAUGAAAAUGUUGACAAGCAACCUCCCGCACCACCCAUCAAUCUGGUUUGUAGUGUUAAGAGUCGAAAUUCCAUCCUACUGACGUGGAAAAGUCAGCCAUCUGCAGACCGGAUUGCUUACUACACCAUUACGUAUUAUCUUCGUGAUGACGUAACUAAUACUAAACCUCAGAAGGGAAACGCCUACAUUGAGCAAUUCCUCUUGACGGGGCUUGAACCCAAGAAACCUUACGUCAUUUCCGUCCAAUCCCAUUAUGAAACCGAGACUACGAUACUCCCCGGUUCUUUCAGUACUACAGUUACACAAUGUUCGAUUCAACUAGGAAGUGGUAUGUGAUGUCCACAGAUAAAUGCCGAAAAUCUAACCUGAGAUCAGGCUCUAUUUUCGUUUCGCUUUGAAAAUUACAUUCCGGCGGGCAAGGCGAAACGAAAAGACAGGCCCAAUUUUAGCGGUAGCCGUUAGAGAGAAUGUAUGAGAACCGCAAAAAUUGGGCCUGAUCUCAGGUUACCGAAAACUGUAAUAUUGAAAAAAGAAAAACGUUGACAGAGAAUUGCAUUUCAUUGCUUUAAAUGAUAGUCCAUAUUAAUCUGAAACUUCCCAAACGGUUGGCGCCAAACAGUUGUCUUUUUGAUCAGAAUUAUUUUGGUUUGGUUGUGUAAAUGUUAUAAGUACUGAGUUGGUACUUUAGUUCGCGUUAAAAAUCCUAUCCCAAGAGAGAACUUACAGUCCAGUGUUUACUUCUCUCAUUAGUGAGUGUGCAAGCAGCGUGGCUGAGUGGUUAGAGCGCCGGACUUGUAAUCCGGAGGUACCGAGUUCAAGUCCCGCCCUGACCGCUGGCUGGAUUAGUUCAGGAUAGUCCCGCGAUCAAAUCCCCGGCCGCGCUCGCAAAUAGCCAACUGGUUCGCCUUCUACCAGUUGGGAUUCUUAGCCACAUUAUGUUUCAUUUGAUAUACCGUAAAAUUCCGAAAAUAAGCCCCGGGGCUUACAUUUUUCAAAGGCCCUUUUUGAGGGGCUUAUUUUUGGAGGGGCUUAUAUUCGGAGGGGCUUAUCUACGGAGGGAAAUUUGCGUUUCAAAAUCGAUUGGGCUAGCCUUAUAGUUGGAAGUAAAUUCACCGUUUUUGAUUUGUUUUACUUUGUCAUUGAGGGCAAUUUUCCAAGUACAAGCCCCCGGGGGGCUUAUAUUUGGAGGGGCGAUUUAACUGAGGGGUUUUUGCGUCACCGGUUUUGGAGGGGCUUAUUUUCGGAAUUUUACGGUACUGGUUCAUUAUUCCUGAGAAGCCACAUAAGAGGAGACGAUAAAUUAAGAAAUUUUAAUGUAAUUUAGAUAUUUUUUCUCUUCUUUAGGGCCUACAGCACCAAGAAAUAUCAAAUAUGUGUAUGUGGGUCUUUCAACUGUGCGCAUCACGUGGGACUCUCCUCUCAGGAAAAACGGCAAACUUACUAGUUUUGAGAUUCGUUACACAUACAAUAAGUCAAUUCCAGAAUCAGAAUGGCUGGUUGAAAGCAGGUCUUUGCCAUUUCCUUCCACCUUCUUGAAGGGCUUUACUACCACCUUGGACAAUAUUCAAGAAAACAAAAUAUUUUAUAUCAAGGUGCGUCUUGCAAAUGAAAAAGAUUAUGGACCCUUUUGUGACAUGGUAGAGAUUCAACCUCCUAGUGUGACCUCAGGCAGAGCACCUCCAAACGUCAGUUUUAGUAUUUUGUCACCACAAAAAGUCAAACUUUCGUGGACUUGGCCUAAUACUUUAAGCACAUUGCUUACAAACUUCACCGUUCUCCUCACAAACAACUUUCAUCUCCGGGAAGAAAGAUGGAAGAGGCUGUCAGUUGCUUCAAGCCCCGAAGAAAUGUUCCAAAGUACUGUAUUGAAUGUAGAUCAGGACAAGACAUACUACGUCAAAGUUCGUGCUGAAUAUGUUGAUAAUACUCCAGGGAAGUGGUCAGAGGUCAUAGAGGUUUCUACAAGUGUGCAAGGUAGACUUUUCUUCUUAAACGUAAAAUACGUUAACCCUCAGAUCAAAUUUCUCAUUUGUUGCCUAAGAAGUUGAUGAAAUAUCACGCAAACUCAUUUUGUGCGAUCAUGUCCACUGUGUUGCACAAAUCAUUGAAUGUUACAAGGAGAAAUUUGAUGUUAAUCACUCUUAAGCCGUAAAGGGUUAAACUGUGAGUACGGAGUAGCCUCUUUUCCUUUCCAAAGAAAUUGGGGUAUCACUUUCCCAUGCAAGGCUCAAGAUACAAGGGUGUCAGCCUAUCACCUCUUAUGGUGGCAAAAUGAAUAGAACGCGCACAUUGUGACCAAGAAAGUGCAUAUUUCUAAACAUUUACACAGUUUUGAAUCUUUCAUGUGAAUUCAGAGCUUGGGGAGGGGCUAGCAGAUAAGAAUUUUUUUAGAAAAACACUCGGAUUUUAAAUAAUUUUAUGAGAGGUUCACUUAAACGCCGUUUUUUCGACACAUGAUGAUGGUAACUGACGGUUUGAGGCCAUGAGUUAUUACUAAACACAGGUUUGAAUACUAAAAGAGAACUACUGUAUGCCUAAACUCCUAAUACUUCCCGUCCCAGAGUGAAUAGUGAACUUACGGGAUCAAUUUAAGUUUCUAGGAAACUACCCACCUACCCCUCCCCUAAGCUACCAUCAACACUUACUUCUCACUUGGGGCAAAAUGAUUACUUAGGGGAGGGUUAGGUGGGCAGUUUCCCAGAAAAAUUGAUUCAACUUACGCAGCAGGACAGGAGAGGAAAAAAGACGGCAAGCCUUAUCUGGCAAGCGUGACAAAAAUUUUGUUUGAAAACAAUUUGCCGCCAAACUUCACCCUCCUUUAAACAGAUCUUUUAGUAAAUGAUCAGAAACAAUAAUGUCAAGUGAAGAUCACGACAAAACACGCAAGUGAUAGCCACGUUGCGAUUGUCACACACAUGCAACCUCGUUCCCAGGGUUCUCUCCUACCCGCCCUACGGAGCGAGAGAGAGGGUAGGAGAGAACCCUGGGAACGAGGUUGUUCUUUCUGCCGACCUGUUGCGUAAACUCACUACUGGUGGAGUCUUGUAACUUGGAAAUUUGUCGAAUUUUAACUUUGGCCACUUUUGGAACAGUAUAGGUAAGAAGUAACAGUAUAGGUAAAAAGUAUAACUAUUGCUCAAUAUUUUUGUAUUCUUUUGGCAGUGCUUCUGGCACAUGUUUAUUGUUCAUCCUAUUAAUAUCUCAACUAAGCAGUGUUGUUUCCCUUAUAAAGGAGCGAGUUCAAAUGCCACAGAAGAUCCCACAUAUUCAGGAAUAGAGAGUAAUUAUCCCAGUUUCAAUAUAAAACUUGGUGUUAUCAUUGGAUGCACAAUAAGUGCUUUUUGUGUCGUGGUGCUUGUGCUGUUCAUAAUAUGGAGAAAUCCAUGCAGGUUGGUCAAGUUAUGUUAUUUGCAAAUUCCCGCGUGCGUUCUGAUUGGCUACAUGCCACAAACUCGGACAAAACUGUUGAGACGGUCACUUCCAGUUAUUUCUGUAUCCAUGUGCCUGCAGAGCUCCUUCAUGUGCGUUAUCUCUUCUUUUAAUUUUUCUCCUGGUAAAAUUUUUUUUUCUCUUGGUAAAUGCCGUAAAUUUGCCAGGAACAACUAGACCAUUCUCGAGUUCCUUUUAAAGGAAAACCCAAUAAGCGCCGUCCUUCGAAUAAGCGCCCAUCCUUUUAGCUGAAAUUUGAAAUAAGCGCUCGGGUGCUUACUCUAGCAAAGAUAUAAUUUUCUUCCAUAUGACCACCUCUUCUAAACAGAACAAAUUAAGCUCCGUCCCCACUCCCCCUUCUAUGUUGUUUAGGACUACAACCAAGGUUUAUUGUAGGAGAAAGGAAACGGUAUUUCAUUUGGCGACAGUAGCAAUUUUUUUAAGCCCGUAAAUACUGAGUAAAAUAAAGACGGGUGCAAGAGUUUUUGUUUGCACUCAAGCGUCUAAUUUAGGUGGUUUACAACAAAUGUAUGUUUGUUACGGGCGACCAGAGGAGUCCGCAAACCUAAUAUGAGGUUGCUAUAGGUAAUAGCAUUACGCAUGUGCGGCACGUUUGCAGCCAGCCUAAGAGUAAGUCCAAUGCUAAGAAGAGCAAUCUGAUCACGCGUGAUUUGACCUUUUAUUAUAUCCAUUUUGAAAUCCUUGUCAUCUGAUCGGCUCUCCGCAGUGUGAUUUAGUCACGAAUCGCAAUAUUUUUAGCUCUAAAUCACAUCUGUUCGAAAUCUUGUCAUUCAUGUCCUAAAUUGCGUCAUCUCUGUUUUAAAUCGCACCAUUUUGGCUCUAUAUUACAUCACUUCUGUUUCGGAUAUAAAAUGAGAUGUAAAAGCCGUCUUGCUUCCGCUUUUCAAUAAACCGGCUACUAGGUCCAAUAAAUAUUGGCACUGACAGGAUUCUGCGCUUUCAAAAUGGCCGUAAUAAUGUGGUAAUUGUACUUCAUGUCGUGCAAUUUGGGUCUGAAUUCAUAUUUGUGGUCUCAAAUGGAACUCGCGCUGCGCGCCCGUCCUAUUUUAAAAUCACGCGUAUGAUUUCAGACCAAAUUGCACUCCACUCAGUUCAAUUACCAUUAUUUAUCACGUGAAUCUCAUGCAAAGCACCAGGUUGGAGCCAGAGCGUUUUGAGCUGCGACCUCUCCCGCACUCCCCAACCAUUGGUUAUUACUAAUCUACUAUCGUUCUUAUGUUUUCAGGCAAGCAGCAGUUAACAACGGAAAAAGACAUAUGCUUGUUAGUGGGCAAGAUUCGCUUCCUACGUCACUUCUUCAGCAGAUUACAGUUAGCAGUGGAUCAACAGAGGGAACAGGCAGUUCAGGAAUGUGUCAAUGCAGGUGUACCUGUGGAGGUCAGUUUUACCAUAUUGUUUUGGUUUUCAAAAAUGGCCACUUCACGCUAUCUACUAUCUUUUUAAUAAACUUGUAACCAUAGCCGAGAAAUCCACUUGGAGUUUAACCUGCGAUCAGUUGAAAACUAUUAACUUGUCAGCGGAUAACUUUACAAAAAAGAAACCUCGAUGGGUCGACACCCGAGCCCGUGAUAUGGUCAUGUGAUACUGGUCAGCCGAUACUCUGUUUUGACAGCUGUCAACUGACCACAACAUGGAUAUGUAAUAUCAGGGUGCAGGCUCCCACACUAAACAAUGUGAAAUCUCACACUUUCCAGCCACCCCGUGGUGCGGACGGACGGUCACAUGACCACCAAAAUUUUCCAGAGGAUUAGAUGACCAAAUUUUCUUAUCUGUGCAUGAGUCUUCGCUCACGCGCGCCUCUAGCGCGCGUGGAGCUCCGCUAAAAAGUUAUUCCAAAAAAUAAUUGUCCAGUCUUGUUAUUUAAGACUUAUUUAGGCAUUGAAACUGUCUCCUGUCGUUUGUUGCUACGGAUAACAAAAAUGGACAUGGAUUAAAACUUUGAAAAAAAAUGGGCUAACUUUUUCCAAAUUUUAAUGCUAUUCCGGCAAAAGCACCCAAAAAAUUUUUAUAGUGAGUUCCCCCUGAUGAAAUUUGUUUGAGAUAUUCCCCAUUACUCUAUUUUUGUAUGGGUAAAGACACUAAGUUGUGACUUACCCCUUGAAGCCUUAAGAGUGAUCAGCAUCAAAUUUCUCCUUAUAAUUUCAAUGCUUUGUAAAACAGAGUGGUCAUGAGAAUUACGGACAUGAUCACGCAAGAUGAGUUUGCUUGAUAUUUGACCAACUGCUUCGCUUACUUCUAUAGGAAAUGAAUAGGGGCAACAAAUGAGGAUUCAGAUUUUGAUCUCAAGGGUUCACGGGUUAAAGGGGCUGUGUCACGGCAGUCCAGUUCAUUUUGUUUAAUUUUGCGAAUUACUCGCCCUCAAUCGCUAUGGAACUUAAAGUAAGAAAAGAAAUUACACGUAGAUGACAAAAUCAGAGAUCCGAGGCAAACAAAUAUGUCUUCUGAGCAUUUUUUUUGAAGUUGCAAGCAGCAGGGAUCAACUUCGAAAAAAUGUUAGGCUGAACAGUUUUCAAAAAUCCUAAUUUCAAUCCGUUUCAAUCUUCUUCAGUUUUGCCCAUCCGUGGCAUCUGUUGUUUCUGUUAUGUUAUUUUAACCUUCCUUCAAAGUUUUAAGCGGCUAUUUUUAUGUUUCUCUUAAUUUAACAGGUAUUUUGUAAUUUCCUAAUUUGGCUGAAUUUCGUGACACAGCCCCUUUAAGCAAAUAAUUGACCUGAACUAACAAUAUCCUCUUGACAUAGCGCCAUUAACUAGCCUCGCUUGUCCGUUUGCGGUGGUUUUUAACCCGCAUGGUGAGUCCAAGUCAAUAAGUAUAUUUGAAUAGAGAGAGCGAGUUAAGAAAAAAAGUUACCAACAUGUUUUACGAACCGUUCAGUUUUUGAUGCAGGUUGUCAUUUUUUUUGUUUGUUUUCUUUUACAGCAAGUCCCGGAUGGCCCUUAAGACCUUCCAUGGUGAGAAAUACUUUGUAAAAUUCAUAAUGUACUGUCCAGUAAGCGUAAGUUGCUUCAAGCCCGGCACGAACCAGAGAACAUUUUUUUCUUGUUCCUUCAAGCUAACCUGUUCACAGACCCUCUGUUUUGUCUCUAUAAAAACCGCGGGGGAUCUGUGUACAAGUUACCUUUCAGCGUUUUUAAUUUGAAAUGUGGUGCAAUGUUUCUAUAGUUUGGAAGACAUGUCGAUAGUUUUUUUUAUUGUUCCAUUUUAUUCAGGUAAGAGCCAGUUACAAGUUACCAGGUAGCAGUGACAGCACCACACCCAUCACACCGAGUGUGUUUCCAAAUAAAACACGAGAGCCAGAUAGGUAAUGAACUAAGCUUGUACGACCAGUUUGUGAAACCGGUUAUGUUUUCCAGUCAAUAGCAUUAUACACCUUGUAUGCCCCCCUCUAAGGUUUCGUCCGCACGUAGCGUAUGCGAAUCUUUUUCACCCGUCCACAUCAAACGUUACAACGAUGGAGAUAGGAUAGCAUGCCUUACGGAGCGUGCGUAAUGCUAGUAGUAUAUGGUAUAUGACAUCAUCGUAGUCGAAUACCUUCGUUUUCUUCCGUCCACACGCAAACGAGAAGCCGGCGUUUUCAAAAAUUUCCACUCUGGAGAGGGUAUUUAAAAAGAUGCGUCUUCGGUGACCGUUUUCAUGAGAUACGUGUGGGCGGUACGCCAAAGCGGAUGGAAAAAAAUCUCUGUUUUCAAGCAAAAAGAGAUACGUGUGGACGGGGCCUAAAUUUUGUAUAAUUUGUUUUUUUAUUCCUCGUGGGUAUUUCAGCCGUCCCAAGACGACCCUGAAGAUGAUAACCGCACAGGUUGUCGAAACGUCAGUCACUGUCAACAGCAGUCUUAUUUAGGACAACGUUCUCCCGGACGAUCCCACUCAACCUACUUGUCAUACAUUCUUUCUUACGUGGUCGGGUCUCGUUUUCCCUUUUCCGCCGUAAUUUUAUUUUCCAAGCGAAAGGACCCCAGUGACCAGGGUCUGUGGUGCGUGGGGUCAAUUCUGGUCUGCAAAGAGUCAGGCAGCAGGCUUUUUGAAGGUGGUUUUACUGUUUUCCUGACAUACGAGUCGUAAUGAAAGUAUAACCACGUUUUUACAGUCAAAGGACAGAUGCGUUGAUUUCUAAAGAAACUGAUGAGGUGGAAAGCGACACAGAAGAAAUUAGUAUCACAAAUUCAGUUUAGAGUGUAAAAACGCCUAAUUUGUCUUUUCAGUGAAGGGAGCUCAAGUCAUCAAGAUCUAAGCAAUAGUAGAGGUGCGUUUUUUACGUGAUAUUUCUCGUAACUCAAGCCCUUGUAACCCUGGAUCCAAAACAAUACGACAGCUAACACAAGUGCUGCGACACUUUACACCUGACCCGCCCCAAUUUUACAGUGCGGACACUCAAACCAGUACACUUGGAAGAAGAUUGUUCAAUCACAACUUUUUCUGAAAACAGAAGAUUCUCAAGUUUUUUUGCAAACGGACCAAUAAAAUUCAAGGUUCAACUAUGCAAUCGCUGAAAACUUUAAAACCAUUUGAAGUUACCUCACCCCUCAGGAAACAAACCUCAAAUUUAUGAAUGUUAUUGGUUUGUUUGCAAAAAAAGAAAACUUGAGAAUCUUUAGACUGCAAAACAGUCGUCUUUUUGUCAAAAUCAGUAAAGAAAUCGGUAAAGCGUGCCGUAAGAGUCUUACGCGCGCGAAGCGCGCGAGCCUCUUUUAGCGUCUCUCCCCAGGUCUCACUCUCUGUUUUCAGCCUCGUUCCAGACCUUUUGUUUGACUGCUCGCGCGUACAUGAAUACGCAAAAAUACGGACUGUUUAACAGUCUAGAGAGGACGCGGAAGGAAACGUGGGUGCGAGGGUGGAGAGCUUGCUCGCAGGCUACACGACAGUCAGCUGCUUCCUCUUUACCCGGCCAAUUUAGCUUCGUUCUUCUGAAUCCCAUUGUUUUCAUUUAUCUCCGCAAUCAUUUAACUUUACUUGUUUUGUCUUUUCCCCUCACUUCAUUAUUUUUUUACAUCAAUUUUUUUUGGAACAGAUUGUCACAAUUAUGUGUCUUCAUCGUCAAAAACGUCUGUUGAAUCGCAAACAGAAGAUGACUCAACAAGGAUACAGGUGUGAUUGAUUUUCCUUCAUAGUCUCUUAUGUGCGAACUGAAUUUAGAAAGAAAUCGAUUAUGUACUACGGAGCAAAGACCUACAAUGAGCUCCCGCACUCAGCAAAGCACUGCAAAUCUUUGCCUCACUUCAAUUAGAUGCUGAGGACUGUUAUUUGGUAAUUUUAUUGCGUAGUUCAUUGUUCAAGUAUCUGCCUUUUCAUAUUUGGUUAUAUUAUUGUCAUGUAUUUAAUUUUAGUUUAUCAGGAUCCUUGUUUAUUUCGCAUCCGUUUCUCAAGAAAUCUUGCUUAUUCCUGUAACCAGAAGCAUAUAAGUUUAAAGCCUAUCAUUGUGCGUACUCAAACCCUGUUACACAGGUGGGGACCCUAAACGAGAAUUUCGGCGCUGUCUCGCAGACGGACUUAACAAGAGUGUAGUAUCAUCUGUAGUGCAGGCUACCUUUUUCGUACUUUCAAAAAAAGUAGCAUAUUACCUACUGAUACUUACAUACGUGCGUUAAAAAACAAACCGUUUAAAGCUGGUUUGGUUGAAGCAAAUUUCCCUCGCGACACGACUAAUUAGAAGCACUACCCAGAUCUGGUUAGUGACGCGUCAUCAGUAUGGAACUUCUGCCCUCGUCCCUCUGACGUUAUUUCGCGUGGAAACCAGUGGUGACGUCGCGAAAAGUCAGCUGUUUUCAAGCAACUCCGUCUAGUCUAUCCGUUGCUUAGUACCACACAGCCAUCCUAAUCUUACUUUUUCGAUGUCUUUUUCUGUCUUCCUUUAGGCUCCAUCAAGAAGUUACAAGCAGAGCAUACCUGUUGACGUAUGAAUUUCCCCCUAUCACAGUUUUAUUACAUAAUUUCUAUUAAUAUUAUAUAAUAUUAUAUCAAUGAACACACAGAACUGGUCUGUGUUGUUAGUUCCCGUUGAAAGUUAUAAUCGUUAUUCUUAAAAGCUAGUUCUUUGCCCGUUUGAAAAUUUAUUAUCCCGAGCUACAGUUUUAGCCAGGAGGGUAUUGAAACAACUUGCAAAAAUUAUUGAUGUUUUAAACGGAAUUUAGUUUAAGAAAUAUGACUUAAAUGCGGUAACGAUAAUUUUUAUAGCAAAAUCUUAUUUUGUACUAUUUUUGCAUUGUCAUUUCAAUUUGUAAGGUCACGGAAGAUAAAGACCUUACUAUUGUAGGCGGAGACAUUCUUGGUUUGCAACCACGCGACGAGACGGCCAUGUUGGUGGUGAAAAAAUACUCUUUUUUGAAGAAUUUACAUGAAAAUGGUGUUUAGCUCCAAGAGGAGAGAAAUGCAUUGGGAACAGUUCAUCAUGUAAGCCUUCCGCGAGGUGUCCCGAGCAUCUGUGCAAAUAUGCAUGCAAAACCCCACCCGUCCAUUGCUCGGAAUUGUGCUUGUUCACUGCUCGAAAAAAAAUUACUAAAAUGUAACCCUCACAGAUGGUCGGGACCCUUUGCGGAAAGCUUACAUGAUACUCUACCCGCUUUUUUUCUUGAUCACCAACAUGGCCACAGUAGCGUCACAUGUAAACCAGUAAUACAGGUGCGUGAUGUCUAGUGGGGUAAAAUAAAUCCUCGCGCGUAAUCGUCAACUUUGGACAAUUUCAACGAGGUUUAAUCCUCAGUAUAAUCCCAACAGUGACCAGUUAGGCUGUUUAAAAGGCCAUUUUACGGUUGUGUGCUGUGUGUCUUGGCCUCUGAACAGAAGCGAGACCGGAGAUGACCUUGUUGACCGCGUGAGCUUUUGCUCUGCUUUCUUUGCGUACCAUGGCAAUUUAUUACAUUUUUUUAGUUAUUAAAACAAUACAAUUUUAUUAUAAGUAUCAUCAUCAUCAUCAUCAUCAUCAUUAUCAUCGGUGACGAUAAUUCUGAGGAUAAUCGCAUCAUUAUGCCCGUUUCUGACAGGCCAAAAAAAACUGGACUUGAUAAUCUGAGAUAUCUUGCAGAUAAUACUUCUGACUAUCGUUUAUCUGAUUUAUCGGACCAAAAUCAAAUCAGCCUUCAGCUUUCGCAUUGCAGAUAACUUAUUUUUUACUUAUUUUACAAUCUGAACUUGGUGAAGGCCACUGAAAUCGCUAUAACUGUAUUUAAUAUUUAAGCUGAAAUAUAUUUAUAUUUGUUGCCAAUCAAAAAUUAUUAAAACUACUCAAUGUGAUCUAUUUAUAUUUAAACUGAGGUGAUGUGCCCGUAUCUCUUGAAUCUAAAGCGUUUUUUUAAAUAUUUUCAACAAAAAGCAGUCAGAGUUUCUUCCUUUUCGGACCAAUGUGGCCUUCUACAAGGUUCUUGAAUUAUACCUUUACGAGUGUACCGCCAGUUUGAGCAUUUAAACUUAAUACAAAAUUGGUUCUUUACCGUAUUUAAAACGAAGAAAAUAACCUUAUUGCAUAUUACAUGAUUUUACACCAUUUUUACUAUCUGAUUUUAAAAAUUCAAUUCGUGGAAUCUUUCGUACUUUUUUUAAAACGAACAUUAUACCCGCUGAUUAUCAAUUACGGUACUCUGUUAGGACAUCAAGGCUACAACAAUAUCCCGCGACCAGUCUAGUCGCACUCAGUUUUCGAUUUACUUUCCUAACCAUAGCAAACCAAACCAAAAUAAUCCCAUUAACUAAGCGUUAUCCAUUAACUGUUAUAUAUAAAAACUUGAAGGUAAAAAUGCUUGGAAAGGAAUAAUCCGCAAGUUGUAUCAUCGCGUGCAUUCUAAUCGUUAAUCCUGUCGGUCUGCACUU